CAGGGAGCAGACCAGAUUCAAAUGAAGGAUGAUCAAGCUGAGCCCUUUCCAUUAUAAAUAGGCCUCAACACUCCUCCAAAUUAACCUCACUUCAUCACUUUGUCUGCUUAGCUAAGCUCUUCCUUGCCCAUCCCCUAAUCCCCUGCCUUUCCCUUCCCCUAAUCACCUCUCUCCAUGGCAUCCCUCCAGGCUGAUGCACCCGACGUCCAAGAGGUGAGCGAGAAGCAAACAGAAAAAUCAACACAGGAGACUCCUGUUCUGGAAGAAAAGCCAGCCACCAGCGAAGAAGCCGAAGUAGUAGUGCAUGACGAGGAAGAGGAUGAAGAGGAAGAGCAAGCAAAAGCUGCCCGUGAAGAAGAAUGGCAGAAUGAUGUGAAAGAUGAAGUAGGAUCCCCCUUUGUUGAUGUGGCUGAGCCAGCUGCUUCUUUUGAUGAUGAAGCCGAAGCUGAGGUUGAAGAAGAUGACAUGAUUUGAAGAGAUCAGUAGUACUGAAACUUUUCUUCUUAAUUAAUUAUCAGAUUAAUUAGCUAUGGUUGUUAUGGUUUUUACUUGUGUGGUUUUUAAUUUCUUGCAAAAAUAAUAUGGAAUAUUAAUUAUUAUAAAUUAAUUAUAGAAGGUUGGCUUUGGCUCUUUGAGGCUAGCUUUAUAAUAUGCCUUAUCUUAAUUAUUUGCUUUUGAAUUUGUAUGGUUGGCUUAUGAAAAGAAAGUCUGGUGCCUUUUGUUACCAGUGGAUUUCCUUAA